AAAUAACAAACCAUCCAAAUAAAGCAAAGCAAAGCAAAAUUUUAAGCACCAACUAAGAAUUUGUAGCCCAUCUAUUGAUCGAUGGCGGCACACUUGCUCCUACUCCACGGCCUCAAUCACUCUUUUGUUCCGUGUUACUCAUCGUCGAUCAAUUGCCUCCCCCUGAGAGCAUCUACUUCUUCGCACGGGCAAUGUCCAAUACCUAAAAGCAAGCCUUCUAUGAUGGUUUCUUGCUUGACGAAGAGAAGCCCUCGGAGGAGCACCAAGGCAUUCGCUUCCAUCCCUCACUUGAGGACGGAGAAAUUUUUCGAGCUCGAGCUCAAAGUCAGAGACUAUGAACUCGAUCAAUUUGGAUACGUUAACAAUACGGUGUAUGCCAACUACUGCCAGCACGCUCAACACGAGUUGCUGGGAUCCAUCGGAAUCAAUGCAGAUGCGGUAGCUCGAACAGGGAAUUCUCUUGCAAUCACCGAGAUGGACCUCCAGUACAUCGCUCCAUUAAGAAGCCAUGAUAAAUUUGUUGUGAGAGUUAAGCUCACGGGGAUAUCGACUACCCGAAUGCUGUCGGAGCAAUCCAUCUAUAAAUUGCCUGAUUUUGAGCUGAUAGCGAAAGGAGUUACAAUUACCGUUUGCCUCAACAAAAGUAAUAGACCGACUCGUGUGCCGGACCAGUUUUCAUCGAAAUUACUAGAGUUUUUCUCGAUGGAAUAAGUGGCGCAUGUUCUGUUCUUCAGCAUCAGUAUGCUUAUUAUGGUGCUCUAGCCCAGGGAGUUAGUAAAUUAAUUUCAUCUGAUGGUACGAUGUUUACCUUAAUACAAGUUUUAUUACGAGUAAUUCAAAUGUAGACCAUAAAUAUUAUUUACAAUUUUAUGGUUUUAUUAUUCUAUACAAA